UUGAGUACACACCAAAACAGCGACACUCAAGCCAUGGAUGGCCUGGCCUGAGCAAGUGAGGUUGAGUUAGUCCGAGUCCUCCUUUAAAGGCCCAAAUCAGAGGCCAAGGCCAGCACAUAACGGCCUCAACUUGUGAAUUCGUGGGGCUGGGAAGGUUGUUAUUUGUUGUCAUUCCCGGUUUAAGUGAAACAGAGUGUAAUCUGUGGGUGGAUUCUCGAGAGAUGCCAAAGAGCGUCGAUCAGUCUCUCCUUCGACAUUGAUCCAACAAAGUGAUCCCCUGAUUCAUCAUGAGCACGAAUCUAAUGGAAAAGAUCUUGCGAUUUCACGCCCGCCGUCAAUCUGGUGGGCGUUCACCGAGUUCCUCCGGGUCAGAGAGCGGCGAAUCCAAUGCCCGCGUGCCUGGCGCUGUUCCGGCAAGUUCUCCCGUUUGUAGGCGGCUAUUUGAUGGUCAGCCUAAUCCCGAGGAAAACAUCCAGUUUGCCCGGGAACAGCUGGCGCGUGAACGGAGAGAGGCGGCAAGGCGGUGGAACUUCGAUUUUGAAAAUGAUCGUCCCCAUGAGGGUCGCUUUGAAUGGAGGCGCGAAAUAAUAGCCCUACCUUACAGGCGUCCCUCUCCAAAUCCCCCUGUUCCUGUCAGAGUCUCGACUGCCGCCGAAGGGGAGACCGUGACGGUGAGCUCACGAACCCUGCGGAGUCGUGAGAAUUCGCCUGUGUCGCAAAUCUCCCACUUGCCCGUGAUCAGUAAGCCUGUGAAUCCCGGCAAAGACAUUCAGAACGCUUCAGAAGACUGUGAUAAAACCUCCCGUCCAACGACGUCUCUUAGCGGGGCUAACGAGACCAGUGAAGUGCAAACCACAGAUGGUCCUAACUUGUUACCUUGCGGAGCUUCGAAAUCUUCACAUAGUUCGAAACCUAUUCCUAGACAGACUUCCAUGACAGAUCAUUUUAUGCUGCAAAAGGGCUCACGCUCCAAAGUGAAGGUCCAAGAGAGGAAGUCUAAUACGUCAGAGAACCUGUCGCGGGAGAAAUCUGAAGAGAGGUCUUCGCCGUCACCUCCCAUGUGCGUCAGAGGCGCUGGAAGCCACUCUGCAGCCUCUGAAUGAGAGAAUCAUUUUUUGAAAUAGUGUUUUUUGCUAUCUGUGAUUUCUCGGUCAUGUUAUUUGUUGUUGCCAAUAGGUCUCUGACAACUGCUCCUCAAUCAUCCAAUUGCAAAUUAGCAUCUUUCCCCUUCCAUCAUUACUUUUUACCGUACCCACCAUCAUUCAUUCAAUCAAAUCGUUUUGCCUCAUCUUUGAUCUCCGCUUUAUGCGCUAGCCCCCAUUUUUUCGGAUCCAGAAUCAGCUUUAAUGAACCUUUGUCGCCUUGGAUUGCAUUGGGUUGUGGUUAUUAUGAUUCCUGUAACUUUUGUCUCUCCAUGUGAAGCUUAAAACAAUCAUUUUUAGAUAGACCAAUAAUGAUAACAAUAAUCAUGUCGUCAUCUGAACAUCUCCCGUGUGUCAGCCAUGCCCAGAUCUCAUUUAUGAGCUUUGAUUCUUCACGUCUUGGACUGUAGAACUGAAGAUCAAAGAUAUUUUGUCCCACUUUUUCUUCUCAUAAUUGAGACUCUAGAAGUCUUUCUCCAAGUCGGGGUCCGAUGGGGCACCCAAUACUGAAAUCUUAUGGCAAUCACUAACAUCUGCUACCAUUAUAUCGUUAAAUAUAUAUAUUACAACUUUCCGAA